GUCAGACAUUCCAAGUAACAUCACAGGAAGCUACAAAACUGAGUCUGGCGUUCUCAAGGCCUCCACUACCUUCUGCAGAGGAUUGCCAGAAACUGAGUGAAGAUGUCCAAAGUGCCAUUCUUGCAGUUGCCACAGUGUACUACUGGCUCCCCAAGGGCCAAGGUACUACUCUUCGGAAGAUGGUACGAGAUGCUACCACUGAAGUAGUGGAAGGGAUGAUCCAGCUCACAGACACAAUUCUCAGUGCUCCAGCAGAGAGCUUGUCUCAGGAACAGCUUAUAUCAACUGGAGGUGUAUGGGAGGCAUGUGAGCAAGUGUCCAACCUGCCACGAGAUAACCAGGCAGCUGUUGCAUCGGCUCUGGCUGCAUGUCUAGGUGUGGUCAAAGAUGCUGUGGAGGAGAUGGAACAUGCACUAGUGGAAGGGCAGGAUCCCUACGGUGACAUCAUGGAAGAUGAAGAGCUGGGAUUUCGGGGCAACAGAGAUACAUACUGGUCAGAAGCUGACCGACAGCUCCUUAGCUCCUGCAUGGGUUUGAUGAAGGCUUCUAAAGCUUGCCUGAAGAAGGUCUUGGGUGUAGUGAAGGCUUAUGGUAAAGCUGAUUCUCCAGAGCAGAUUGCUCAGCUGGACGAUAUUGCAGACAUUGCUAAUGAAAUCAGCCCGAGUGUUGAUGAGCUGGCUCUGAGCAUGUACCCACCUGUGAACCCGUUGGCUGUGAGACUCAAUGCUGCUAAGUUGGCCUCAGUGUUAAAGAAAGUCUUAGAGAUUACAAAGACAAGUCAUGUAUGUCCACCAUCAGAGGACAGCUGGGUGCAGUUUCUAUCUGGUGCAGUAGAUCACAAUAUGAACAAAAUCAAGAACUUCACACAGGGUCAACUUUAGCUCUUCUGUGCCUACAUGUGUUGCUGUCACUGGCUCUG